AUGGCCUUUACUCUAGGAAUGAUGCCAUCACCUAAAUAGAUUGAAAGAGGUGAUAAAACUGUGGAAAUAACAAAAAUAUGUUCCAUAAAAUUUACAACUUUUGAUGUAUUUCCAGAUCACAUAAUAUAACUACUAUUUCAUUAUCAUUAAUUAAUAACAUAUGAUGAGGAUUGCGAUUUUGAAGAAUCCAUUUAGAAUGUAAAUUUAAAAGUUGAUGGAGCAUUGAAAUUUGAGAUUAGUUUAGAAAGUAAUGAACAAUUAUAUUGGGUUAAAAAUACAAAAGAAGAAGCUUAUGAAUUAGAAAUAGAUGAAAAUUUAAAUAUAAAGAUAUAAGCAUAAAAUCAUUGGGGUUUAGCAAGAGCUCUUGAUACUGUAAAUCAAUUAGCCAUAAAUAAUGAAAUAGAGAAUGUAAUCUAUAUAAAUAUUAUAAUAGUUACCUAUUUAUAUAAGUGAUGAGCCUUAAUAUAUUCAUAGAGGAGUAAUGAUAGACACAGCCAGGAAUUUUUUACCUGUAAAAUUAAUAAAGAGAACUAUUGAUGCUUUAGUAAUAAAUAAAUUGAAUGUUUUACAUUGGCAUAUUACAGAUGAUGAAAGUUUUCCACUCUUAUUAAGUAAUUAUAGUUAAAUAACAAAUAAUUCAAAAUAUUAGAAAGAUGGAUAUUUUACAAAGGAAGAUGUUUAAGAUAUUAUAUAAUAUGCUUCAAUAAGAGCAGUAUAAAUAAUACCUGAAAUAGACACACCAGCACAUGUUCAUUCUUGGGGUAGAUCAUCUGAAUUAUCAGAAAUUAUAAUUACAUGUGAUACUAAUAUAAAAUAAUAUGGAUAAUUAGAUCCAACUUUAGAAUUUACAUAUGAAGUCUUAAAGUCUGUAAUGUAAGAUUUGAAUGAUAUGUUUGCUAAAGUAUAAUUUAUUCAUUUUGGUGGUGAUGAAGCUAGUAUUUAAUGUUUUGAAUAAAAACCAUCCAUUAAAGAAUUUAUGGAUUAACAUGGAAUAGCUAACUAUUUUGAUCUUUAAGUUUAUUAUAUUGGAAUAUCUAAAUUAUUUAAGAAAUUAACUAAUUAAUAAAAUAAAAUUUUAUUUUAAUUAAACAUUUAUUUCUCUAUAGAAAAAGAUAAAAAGAUAUUUGGAAUAAUUAAAUUAAAUCACAAAAGAAAAUCAUUUAUUGGUAUAAUAAAAAAGAUUAACUUCCUGCAGAUUAAGAUGAUAUUAUAUAAUGGUGGGGUCUAUCUUCUUAGCUUAAUGAAGUAAAAAAUAGGCCUAAUUCAUUUAUCUUAAGCGAUUUUCAUCCUUUAUAUCUUGAUAUUGGUGUUGGAAAUGCUUUUGGGGAUAGAUAUGAUAAAUAUUAAGCAUGGAAGGAUGUCUAUAAAUGGAACCCAAAAAUUCCACAUAAUUUUUAAGGAAAUAUUUUAGGAGGUGAAACCCUACUUUGGGGUGAAACUAACAAUUAAAAUACUCACUUUUAAAAAUUAUUUUUAAGAUCAUCAAUUUUAAGUGAUACGUAAAUAAAAUUAAUAUAAAUAGUUUAUGGAAUCCAGAAAUUAAAAAGUAAGAAUAAUUUUGGAAAUUUACCUAAAGAUUAAGUGAUAUGGAAGAUAGAAUGA